CUAUAGGUUUCUCGUAGGAACGAGGCCCGAGGCAGAAAGAAUUGGGGGAAGAAGGGUGCGGCAAGAAGAUAUCGGAAGCCUGAAAAACCCCAAGAAAACAAGAUUGCCGAGGAAAGAGUCACUGAACCGCGCAGUAAAAUGUGGAUGCCGCGUUAAAUUAAUGGGGGUCGGAGUUUACCUUCAGACCGAAGACGGCGGCGGCGGUGCAUGAAGACUCCGCCAUCGGGAAUCCUGAAUCGAGACCCUGGAGAGUGGAUCUGGGUUUGGCGGCGCAAAAUCGGAUAUGCGUCUCAAGGACCAGGGAGGAUCUUGCGGCUAGGGUUUGCGAGCAAAAGGAGAUCGGAGUUAACCUGGAUCCCAGAAUCUCCAGAGAUUUGUGUCGGAUUGGAAGACUAGCGGAGGGUAAAGUAAAUUGAAAGGUUAUUUCGGAUCCGGAUUGGUAUAUUCUAAGGCCGAUGCAUUGCCAUCGGCUCUUAAACAGAUUGUUGUGCACAAGAAAAGUUACUGAUACAAAAUAAGAUUUUGUUCACAGCGAGGCAGUAAAUAUAAAAGAGGAGCUAACUACUCCUAGAGAUAGCCUAGUGGGGAUACUACGGCCUACCACCAGUACACGCCAGAAGUCUUGCGGCGUUUGGACGGCGGAGCAAUGCUAGUGCCGCUGCUACUGCUAUCGCUGCUGCCGUCGACGCCGUCCCCGCUACCAUUGCUAGUAAAGCCGUCAUCGUCUUCGGCUCCUUCGGUGCUGUCGGAAGUUUCGUCCGAUGACCUGCCAAAAAGGAAGGUACCUGCCAUCGGGUCUUCCUCGGAGGAGAAGGAGUCGGCUCUUUCUUCCGAGGAAGAGAGGUCUUCUCCCCAAGAUGCGUCGUCUUCAUCUUCCUCCAGUUCGGCCCCGAGGAAGAACGCGAGAUCUUCACCAUCAGUCAGGGGCUCAUCAUCCUCUGACUGGUAACGGAAGUCCCACUCCUCUGCAUCCCAAUGCAGGGGGGCACAGACUUCGUAAGCGGCGAUUGGGUCGUAUUCUGGAGUUGGUUCUCGGGAGGAUUCGGAUUCAUAAGAAAUAAUGGAGGAAGCAGAGUAAGAAGAAGCCAUGCCGAAAGAAGAGGAGGAGUGUAGUUGAUAAUGGCUGUGAGAGAAAGAUGUCUGGGGAAGUUGCCGAGGGUAAGUUUAUAAAGGUAAAUCAAGGGAUGAAGUGAAUUGGCACCGUGACGGUUUCCGAGGAAAUUGGUACAGGGCAGUCAUAGUGAUUGGAAGUCGAAAAGGCAUAUACGGAUCGGAAGCCAAAGGGUCAAGGUGAUUUUAAAAUAAGUGAUUUCGGAAUUACCAUCGCCGAAACCAGGGGGCAUGUGUUAUCGCCAUUUUCUAGACGGGCCAAAAGUGGGCCGCGGAGCAAGAAGGGCCUAGGAGAUGGUUACGGUAAGCUUGCGGAUCGGACCCUAUACGGGUGUUUGGGGCCAGUAAGGCCGUGUAAACUCAGAUAUAGGCAGUUAGGAUUCGUGUCAUGUUUGGUUAGGGUUAGUUAAAAGAGAACAAGUCUACGGACUAUAAAUAUGUACCACGAAUAAACAAGAAAGAGAGAAUCAUUCGUCAACAACUCACGGCGCAUCGCCUCCCGUGUUACAGGGUUUUCAUCGGGUAAGUGCUAUGCGGCCCCGAUCACGCUCUGCGUAAUCGGGGGCGCGUUUCCCUUGCUUGUUCGUUUCAUAUGUUGCUCGUUUUGAAGCCUUGUAGAUGGCGAGCAGCAUUAGUUAUCGUAGCGCGCAUAGAGUAAUGUUAUUUUCUUUAUAUCAUGAUCAUGCUCUGUUCGUUGUUCUUGCGCGCCCCGCAACCAUCGUGUUCGAUCAUGAAUGCGAUGGUUGCGUCUUGCUUUGUUGGUAUUAAUAGAUCCAAUCUGUUAUGACUGGUUUCUAUCUAUUAGAAAUUUAGCUCGAUAUGUGCAUGAUUAGGCCUUGCAAACGAGUUGAAAGUUCCGGCAGUAUGUUAGUACCGGAUCGUAGCCUGAGUGGAGGUUUUCCUAGGAAUCGGCUCUUCAGCUGUUUUUAGGAUCUUUGUUUAGGUUGUUUGUCUUGGUGCUUCUGCGUAUUCGUUAGGCUCAAUCACGUGUAGGAUGUUCCGAUUGUGUAGUGAGGGCUUAGUUGUCGUAGAUUGGAUUGGAUUGAUAUCUAUGAAGCAAGCUUUACUUCAUUAUUAUAUAUGUAUAUUGUCUGUUCCAAAGAUCCGAUCCGGUAUUGAUGCAAUCGGCUCUUCAUAGCCGAUACCGGGGAGGAACGAUGAGCCGAUCACGGCUCGGACUAACCUUUACAAGUGUCUGCGCUUACAGGAAUCUUACGAAUCACACCGUCCUGAUCGGGUGCAGGAUCAGGUGGCACGCCUAGCGACUCCAAGCCAGGGUGUGCGCCAGAUCGCUGGGCCGUUGACCGAGGGACCGGGGCCCACCAGCCGUCCCGGGAGCCUCCCGGCUCCUCGUGUUGCCUGUCAUUACUCGCCGGUGGGUUUCGAUCGACAACAGCGCUGUCUACGAAGACGAAACUCUGGGAGAUGAUAGGUACUACCAUUGUACGGAGCUAGGUAUGCAGUACGGUUGGGAUAACCGGAAUCAACUAGAUAGUACUUUACUGAAAAUUAAACAAAAAUAUAAAUGACUAUAUUUUAGAAAUCAACUAUGUAAUCCAUAAUUCAGGAUCAAUACCUGGAGGUGGUUUUGGAAAUUUACCAUCAAACUUUGUCAAUGCAUGAUUGAGGAUCCUAGUAUCAUGUGCAGAGCCAGGCCAACCAGCAACCACAAAGCAUUGAUACAUGACAAGUGAUUCAAAGGCUGCACAACCAAGGAGCAAGAACGAGACGAGAGUAUCUAUAAACAGUGAAUCAAAUAAACAAAUGCCUUGCAUUUGCUUGGACGGCGCGGGAGCCGUAGUGAUUAAUCAAUUGCAAGAGAAUCUUUGGCGUGUGAUGAGACAACUCACCGCGAGGACUAGAGAUUGGCGUCACAGCCUGGAUUUGCACAGGUCACCGUCGUUCAGAGGACCUGCGCGUACGCGGCGCCCUGUCUGCUGCCCGCUGCCGGAGAAGCCGCGGGUCGCGGGUGUAGCGGAGAGGCGGAGGAGAGGCGCAGCCGGACGACGAUUUGGAGGCGCACGAGCUGCGCGGUCGCCUGGCGGUCGAAGGAGUCGUCCCAGCAGCCCUGCCUGGCGGUCGGACGAGCUGCGCGUCGCGGGUGCCCAGGCGGUCGGAGAAGUCGUACCGGCGGUCGAGCAGACGACGAUUUGGAGGCGCACGGCCGGCCGAACGACGACUUGGGGCCACCGGCGCCGCCGGGAACCCUAGCCGCGCCCCUGGUCUUCUCGUCGACCUUGCGUGGGAGAUGAGAAAGAAAGGAAAAAAACGUUUCGAUCGCGUAACCAAUGGCAUGUUAGGUAAUUACUAGCAAGUUGAGAGAGGUGGGAAUCUGGAAAAUCUGGGGUAGAGUCAGAUUUUUCUUUGAACUACAAAAAUCUGGAGAUUAUUGAUAAUCUAUGACUGACAGUUAGCCCUUUGGUUCGGAUUUCAGAUUUUUAGUAGAGAAUCUGCUGGGAAAAGCUGAACCAAAGAGAGCCUAAAAUUGAUUUGAUUACAAAAAGAAGAAGAAGUUGAAACAUAUAAAACGGUGAAUUUGAUAAUUAGCCAUCUUCUAGCCAUGUCUCGUGUGACAGCGCAUUGAGAUUCUUCGCGCGGCCGGCCCGCCUCAUGUGGGCUGCCGCCAUGUUUACUUGCUGACCAACAAUCUCCAGAUUCCUCUUACCAUCAAUGAGAUGGCCGCCGACCCUCUAGCACCCAUGUCAACUCUGUCGAGUAGACUGACAGUACGGUGUCACCGUAAACAAGUCCAGCUGGUCAUUCCCCUUGCUCGAGCUACAACGGGCAUGCACAUUGCCACAGCGUCAGUGACCUCGUGCUGCCACUGGUGAUACAUCAGGACGGAAUAGAAGCCCAGAAGGGGCGAACUGGCGAAGUCGCAGAUCGAUCUGAUCUAGAUUAUCUAACAUGUGUCUGUCCAUGGCAGAAGCUAAGGGGAAAGAGGCGAUCGCGAUCUGCACAUGUGUCACUCACUGAUACGUUCUGCUUGGCAUGGCCAGAGCAGCAGAGUUCCAAGCUGAUGCAAGCAUGAAGUUGCCAGCCAGCUACUCGAUCUCUUCCUAUUUAAGAUCCGUACGAGCAGAUCAGCUCCAUUUCCCUACACCAAGUGUAACCGCCAGUACCGCUCAUCGUUCUCUGUAGCUAGCUACUCCACUACUUGCGGAAAGUCUACGAAGAUGCACAGACGACCACCGAGCUUUCUUCUGUUCCUCGUCGUCGCCGCGGCGUCGCGGUUGGUGCCGGCGGCGGCGGGGGACGACGGCGGCUGGUCGAAGGGCACGGCCACGUUCUACGGCGGCGGCGACGCCUCCGGCACGAUGGGUGGCGCGUGCGGGUACGGGAGCCUGUACUGGUCCGGGUACGGGGCGGACACGGCGGCGCUGAGCUCGCCGCUGUUCGACGACGGCGCGUCGUGCGGGCAGUGCUUCAAGGUCACGUGCGACGCCGGCGCGUCCCAGUGGUGCCUCAAGGGCAAGUCGGUGACCGUGACCGCCACCAACCUGUGCCCGCCCAACUACGCCGUCUCCGGCGACGAGGGCGGCUGGUGCAACCCGCCCCGCCGCCACUUCGACAUGGCCCAGCCCGCCUGGCUCCAGAUCGCCCAGUACAAGGGCGGCAUCGUGCCGGUGCUCUACCAGAGGACGCUGUGCGUGAAGCAGGGAGGGGUGCGGUUCACCAUGGCCGGGUCCAACUACUUCGUGCUGGUGCUCAUCACCAACGUGGCCGGGACCGGGUCGGUGAAGGCGAUGUGGGUGAAGGGGAGCAGCACGGACAGGAUGCCCAUGAGCAGGAACUGGGGCGCCAACUGGCAGUCGCUCGCGGGGCUCGCCGGCCAGGCGCUCACCUUCGGGGUCACCAACACCGACGGCAAGACCAUCGUCAUCCCCGACGUCGUGCCGGCAUGGUGGAAGUUCGGACAGUCUUUCACCUCCGGCGUCCAGUUCUCCGACUGAUCGAUCGGUCGACGACCAAACCGUCGGAGUUUCGAACGGCGCGCGGCUCCAACAUCGUCCGCCGGACCGGAUGCCGAUCUAGCUAGGCUUUCUGAGAUUUCUGGUUGAAGAAGCACAUGCCAUCUUAAUUACAGAGAUUAAUAAUUGGACAGGGCCAUACGGAGUAUUGGGUGUAUGUGCUGUGAUAUGUAUAGCUAUAGCCUGCUAGGCCAUGCCGUUGAGGACCCAUUAUAUUCAUGAUUCAUGGCAGGUGUCGACUGAAAAGAGUGUAGUCUGGACUCUGGAGUAGUUGAGUUCUUUGCUGGAGACGGUGCCCGUAUCAGUAGCUUUUCUUCUUCUGUAAAUUGUUAAUAUUGCAGUCUUGUUGUGGUACUACUGUUCUGCUGUCCACUGGACAGUGCAAAUAACCCCAUUACGACCUUGCAGUUGUUGCUUCA